CUAUACACGGCGCAACCGCCAUCCAGCCCUCCUCUAUACUCUCCCCUCCCGAAACCAGAUCUCCCCUUACCGGCGCUCGCCGCGGCGACCCUGGACGGCACGUCAUCAAGCUGCCGCCCUGUAUAGAAGGGAAAUUGCUCAGCCCCUUCUCUUCCGUGCUCGUAUGUCUCCUUCUGGUAAUGGGUUUGAUUCAAGAUAGGAAACCCUAAUUUGAUUCAAGAUUGGAUCACUCGCCUCGCAAGAAGGACUGAUUUGAAUAUUUGUUGGAUUUUGUAACUGGCGAUUUAGUUUUCCAGUUAUGGCUGGAAGAGAUUUUAGUGAUAGUGAGGAUGAGGAUAGACGGAUGAAGAGAGAUAGAAGAGAAAGGGAUGGUGCUGAUAGGCAUAGAGAGCGGGAACAUGAACGUAGGAACAGAGAUAAGGAGCGGCGUUCACAUAGAUACUCAGAUGAUGAGGGUGACACAGGUUCUCGUAGAAAAAGGGAACGAGAAAGGGAUAGGAAUGAGGAUGAAAGGUCUCAUAGAAAAUCAGAACGACAUAGGGAUAGGGAAGAUGGUGACAGGCACAGGCAUAGAAGAAAGGAUGAUAAUGGUGAUAGAAGCUAUGGCCUAGAAAAGGAGAAGAAUGGAAGCAGAACAGAUGGUCGAAGUAUUAAGGAAAAAGAUGAAGAUGGCAAGGUAGAUGGAGUAAAAUCUCAGAGACAACCAGCAAAUCAGGAGGGUAGCUUAAAUGCUGAUGCAUCAAAUUUGGGUCGGAGUGGAGGGGUUUACAUUCCCCCAUUCAAACUGGCCCGCAUGAUGAAGGAGGUUCAAGAUAAAAGCAGUGCGGAGUAUCAAAGAUUGACAUGGGAUGCCCUUCGUAAAAGUAUUAAUGGACUAGUGAACAAAGUCAAUGCUACAAAUAUUAAAAAUAUUAUUCCUGAGCUGUUUGCUGAGAAUCUCAUUCGGGGAAGGGGACUCUUCUGCCGAUCUUGCAUGAAAUCGCAGAUGGCAUCUCCUGGUUUUACAGAUGUAUUUGCUGCACUGGUAGCAGUUGUGAACACCAAGUUUCCAGAGGUGGGUGAGCUGUUGCUGAGAAGGAUAGUUUUGCAGCUUAAGAGAGCAUAUAAACGAAAUGACAAGCCCCAAUUACUAGCUGCUGUGAAAUUUAUAGCACAUCUUGUGAACCAACAAGUGGCUCAUGAGAUUAUUGCUUUAGAACUGCUCACUGUUUUGCUUGAGAACCCUACUGAUGACAGUGUUGAAGUAGCUGUUGGUUUUGUUACCGAGUGUGGAUCAAUACUUCAGGAGCUUUCGCCAAAAGGCCUGCAUGGUAUUUUUGAGCGUUUUCGAGGAAUUCUUCAUGAGGGAGAAAUAGAUAAAAGGGUGCAAUUCUUGAUUGAAGGCCUAUUUGCUAUAAGAAAAGCAAAAUUUCAGGGGUACCCAGCUGUGCGUCCUGAAUUGGACCUAGUAGAGGCAGAAGAACAAUUCACUCAUGAAAUUUCUCUCCAAGAGGAGAUAGAUCCAGAGAUUGCCCUUGAUAUAUUCAAACCAGAUCCAAAUUUCCCCGAGAAUGAAAAGCGCUAUGAAGAACUAAAGAAAAACAUUCUUGGGGAGGAGUCUGAGGAUGAAGAAGGGUCUGGUUCAGGUUCAGAUGAUGAGGAUGGUGAUGAUGAGGAUGAAGAUGAGGAUGAUGAAGAGGAAGAACAGAAGAUGAGAAUAAAAGAUGAGACGGAGACAAAUCUGGUUAAUCUCCGAAGGACAAUCUACCUCACAAUCAUGUCCAGUGUAGAUUUUGAGGAGGCUGGCCAUAAGCUUCUCAAAAUUAAGCUUGAGCCAGGCCAAGAGAUGGAGUUGUGCAUCAUGCUCUUGGAGUGCUGCUCUCAAGAGAGGACUUACCUUCGCUACUACGGCCUGUUAGGCCAAAGGUUUUGUCUUAUUAACAAAGUACACCAAGAGAACUUUGAAAAAUGCUUUGUCCAGCAAUAUUCAAUGAUUCACAGGCUUGAAACAAACAAAUUACGCAAUGUGGCAAAAUUUUUUGCUCAUUUGCUUGGCACAGAUGCUCUGCCCUGGCAUGUUUUGGCUUACAUACGCCUAACUGAGGAGGACACAACUUCAUCUUCCCGUAUAUUUAUCAAGAUUCUGUUUCAGGAACUGUCAGAGCAUCUUGGUAUCCGGAAACUUAAUGAACGGCUCUCUGAUCCUACAAUGCAGGAGUCAUUUGAAUCAAUCUUCCCAAGAGACAACCCGAAGAAUACAAGGUUUGCCAUCAACUUUUUCACUUCCAUUGGUCUUGGUGGUAUUACAGAGAAUCUGCGUGAGUAUUUGAAGAACAUGCCUCGGCUCAUCAUGCAACAACAGAAAGCUGUAUCAGAAUCGGAGUCAGAUGAUUCACCUGAUUCAGAGUCUGAGUCUGAGUCAGAAUCAGAGCCUAGUUCAAAUUCUGAUUCAUCAGAAAGUGAAGAGAAGAGUAGAAAGAAGAAGAGGAGAGUCUGAGUCAGAAUCAGAGCCUAGUUCAGAUUUUGAUUCAAGGGAAAGUGAAGAAGAGUAGAAAGAAGAGGAGAUGAUACAUGCAUGCUGAAGACUGGGAUUGAACAGAGGCACUGAUAAAUUUGAACCAGGUGAUGAGAGAUCUUCACAGACCAAUGUUUUCGAAUGUUUGAUGUUGGUGAACAGUGCACGUUUGGUGUAAGAAAACAGGCUUGGUGUUUUUUGCUUUUACUCUUUUCUUUUUAUUUUUUAUCUUUUUUUGAAACAGAACCAAAUUCCAAGGGAGAAAUGGGGAAGCGGUAGCCUCUGGAAAUUGAACCCAAGACAGGAGGCUGGGGCUGAUCACUGGGUAAGUGGCACAUGGACACUUGAGCCGUUAGAUGGCCUGCAUUUUUUUAGCAUUUUCAAGCAGUAUUUUAGAAAUGCUAUAGUCAUAUGCUAUUCAAUGUUGCCCAUGUUGCUUGGAAUCUCCUAGUGUUCUGCAAAUUAACAAGCAAGAAAACGGAACGACAUUA